AUGUAUGAUGGCAUUGUUAGAACCUUGUCUAAUGUCAGAAAGCUCUCUGAUAAAUUAUUCAUAUAUUUGCUGUUUUAUACUGAUGAUAUGUUGACUGUAACAAAAGACAGAAAUGAGGUCAACAGGUUGAAGGAACAAUUAAGUUCUAAAUUUGAGAUGAAAGAUUUGGGGGCAACAAGGAAGAUCGUUGGUAUGGAGAUCAAGAGGGAUAGAAAAGCAGGAAAGCUAUAGUUAUCCCAACAGAAGUACACUGAGAAGGUAUUGAAUCGUUUUGGCAUGAAAGAUGCCAAACCUGUAAGUACUCCUCUUGCCUUUCAUUUUAGAUUUUCAAUUGCUCUAUCACCUAAGACAAAUGAAGAGGUGGAGUACAUGUCACGUGUUUCAUACUCUAGUGCAGUUGGCUCUAUUAUGUAUGCUAUGGUUUGCACUCAUCUUGACAUUUCACAAGUUGCUAGUGUGGUGAGUAGAUAUUUGUCAUGUCCAGGUAAAGCUCAUUGGGAAACAGUGAAGUGGAUACUUAGGUACUUGAAAGGGACCUCUGGUGUUUGUUUGGAGUUUGGGAGGAAUGGUGAUAGUUUAUCUAAUUAUGUUGAUUCAGAUUAUGCAGGUGAUUUUGACAAAAGGAGCUCACUCAUAGGCUAUGUAUUUACUCUUGAAGGAAAUACAGUUAGUUGGAAAGCUACUUUACAGGCUACAGUUGCAUUAUCUACUACUGAAGCAGAGUAUAUGACAGUGAUUGAGGCAAUUAAAAAAGCUAUUUGGCUUAGAGGUUUGUUGGGAGAACUCGGCAUGGAUCAUGGGGUGACUUUUGUCUAUUGUGAUAACCAGAGUGUUAUUCACUUGACUAAAGAUUCGUUGUAUCAUAAGAGGACGAAGCACAUUAAUGUUCGCAACUGCAAUUUCAUGGCGGAUUGGGCUUCCUCAUCCUCCUCCGCUGCCUCUACAACUGGAUCCUCUACUUACGAUGUGUUUCUCAGCUUUAGGGACGAAGAUACUCGCAAUAACUUCUCCUCUUUUCUAUACUUAGCUCUCAAAAAGAAGGGAAUCAAUGUCUUUAUGGAUUAUGAAAAACUGCCGACUGGAGAAGCCAUUCGCCCUUCCCUUAUUAGAGCCAUCGAGGGUUCCAAAUUCUUGAUUCCUGUCGUCUCUGAAGGUUAUGUGAGGAGCAAAUGGUGUCUGCAGGAGUUUACUCAGAUAGUUCAAUGCCACAGAUCCAACAAUCAAAAGGUCCUGCCAAUAUUCUUCAAUGUUGAGCCAAGGCACGUUCGGGAUAAGACCGGAAGUUUUGAAGAAGCGUUACUAGGACAUGAGAAGAAAGCCGAGCCCCAUAUCAUAAAGAGUUGGAGGAAAACUUUGGGACUGAUGGGAGAAGCGGAUAUGGACGAAUCAAAGCUAGUUGAGCUCGUUGUUGAGUGGGCUUUAAGAGAAACAAGCCGCAUUUUCUUGACUGAUGAUAAAUACUUUAUUGGAUUAGAUUCCCGUGUAAAUGAUCUGGUAUCUUUACUAAAUAUUGGUGUCAAAGAUGUUCAAUUUAUUGGAAUAUGUGGCAUAGGUGGUAUUGGGAAGACAACUAUUGUUAAGGCUCUUCACAAUCACAUCGUCAACAACUUUCAUCGGAGCUGCUUUAUUGCAAACAUUAGAGAAGAAGCAUCAAGGCCAAAUGGAUUAGUAUCUUUACAGAAGAGACUUAUCUAUAAUAUCUCCAAAAGAAAAGUUCAUGGUCAAAUACUGGGUGUUAAUAGUGGAAAAGAAUUGAUAAAAGGAAGACUUCAAGUAGAAAAUGUUCUUCUUAUUCUAGAUGAUGUGGAUCACCCUUCCCAACUCGAUGCUUUGGCUAUUGAUCAAAAUUGGUUUGGUCAAGAAAGUAGGAUCAUAAUAACGACAAGAGAUGAGACUAUUCUAAAUGUGGCUAAUGUUGAUAAAGAUAAAAUAUAUUGGCCUAAAGAAUUGGAUGAUGACCAAUCUCUUCAACUAUUCAGUUGGCAUGUCUUUCAAAAAGUCACACCUUUAGAAGAGUAUAGGGAGCUUUCAUGUGCUUUGGCAAUCUAUUCAAGAGGUUUGCCUUUGGCUCUAGAGGUGUUGGGUUCCUAUCUAUUGGAUGAAAGAAGCAAGGAAGUGUGGAAAAAUAGAAUACAACAAUUUAGAGAAAUUGCUCCUGAAGAGAUUUACGAAAGACUGAAGAUAAGCUAUGAUACUCUAGAAGAUGAUUAUGAGAGAGCCAUAUUUCUUGAUGCUACAUGUUUUUUCAAUGGAUGGGAGAAAGAAGAUGUGAUUUCCUUUUGGGAAGCUUGUGGCUAUUAUCUUAGAUCAGCAAUACACAAACUAAUUAAAAGGUCCCUUCUAAAAUUUGAUUAUAAUAAGGAUGAUGGCUACUACUUGAGGAUAAAUAAUCAUAUUCGAGAUAUGGAAAGGAAAAUUGUCUUAGAAGAAAGCUUUAUAGAGCCAGGCAAGCGAAGUAGGUUGUGGUCUCAUGGCGAAGUCUUGGCAGUAUUAGAGGGAAACAAGGGGUUCCAAAAGUUGAAGGUCCUCAAUCUUAGUAAAUGUGAAGCUCUAUCUAAGUCCCCAGACUUUUCAUGGUUUCCUUGCUUGGAGCGACUAGAUCUUGGAUGGACAUCCUUGGAUAAGUUAGACGAAUCCAUCGAGAAAUUGAGUCAGCUCAAAAUUCCAAUUCUUGAAUUCUGUUACUCAUUAAAGGAGUUACCCCAUUCCAUCGGUGAUCUAAAAGCUCUGGUCAAGCUUGACUUAUGUAGAACAAAUAUAAAAGAACUCCCAUACAACAUUUGCAAGUUAAGUUCUCUCGAAGUGCUUACUCUCAAUAAUUGCAUAUCAUUCAAAAAAUUACCUGAAUCCAUUGAUGAUCUAAAAUCUCUAGUUAAGCUUGACUUAUCUCAUACAAAAUUGAAAGAACUCCUGGGGCUUCCCUUAAGUUUAGUUGAACUUUAUUGCGAAGAGUGCCCAUCAUUGGUACGACUACGAGAUUUGUCAACAUUGAAAAAUUUGAGGAUAUUAUGUCUUAGCGGGUGCAUAAAUCUGGAGGAGAUUCCAGGCCUUGAGGGAACAGAAUCUUUGCAAAAUUUGGACGCGAGAAGAUGUUAUAACUUGACACGUACUCAAGGGGAGAAGAUACAUGGCCAGGGAAUACUUUUUGCCGACAAGUCACAGAGUGAUAAUUGUUAUUCCUUGAUUGCAAAUGAUGAGAUCUAUAAUAAGCGGUUAAUUUUGUGUGUUGUUUUGGGAUUUUCCUCAGACCGCAAGGACCAUCAGAAAUUGGAACAGGGUCACCUAGUAUUCAUUGAUUUAGAUAUUAGUACUUGCAUCCGCCAUAAAGAUGAAAGAACCGAAUGUCAGCAUACGAUGAGAAUUGAAGACGUUGAGUAUAAUACUAAUAGAGAUAUAAUCUAUAUUCACCAUUUCCAAGGUUUUGAUUGGUUCAGGAUUCCGUUGCUCGAUAAAGAUGCUAUUGAGAUUUUACAUAUUCGUCAAUCCAUGGGAUCUUACAUCGUUGAUGGUUUUCUGGUGAAAUGUAGAGUAAAAUUCUGGAAAACUUUGUUGGUGAACAAGGAACCUCACCAGGUAAAGCGUGAUCGAUAUUCGAGUGCCAUAAUGGUAGCAGAUUUCUUUUGGUUCCAUGACGAUGAUGCUGGUGGAGAAAGUUUCAGGAGAUUAAAUUGGCUAGCAUAG